AAAUAGCUCAAGUACUCGUGUUCGGGAUAUCGUUGCGAGUGUUAAAUAGACUGCAAUGGAUCUGAACUUCUGCCAAAUUAGAGGCUUACUUCUGGGAAGAAAAAAAGCAAAGAUAUUGCCGGUCCGACGGGCACGAGUCGGCCAGUUCUCGAAAUACGACUCGGUUCAACAGUUUGAACUUUAAAGUCUCAAAAUAAAAAGUAUAAUAAAAAAUCAAGUUCAUCCGGUGACUUUACUCUCAUCUUAGUUCAUGAAGCUCGGCAAUUGUGCGUGGAUCUUCGCGCACAAAAUCAUCAAGUCAUUUCUUGGAGAAAGAACAGCUGUUAAAAAUCCGAUAAAAAUUCGAAAACACCUUUGACCAUCUUAUUUUCGAGUGCAGGAAAAAUCAUACUGAAAUUAUGGACGUCGCUAAGGAAGUUAUCAUGUCUAUGAAGCAAACGAAGAAAUCCCACGUUGGAUAUGGCUUACAAAAAGAGAGUGAGGCACUUGUGAAACAUAUUCUCCUCAAUAUGGUCAAAUCGUCGUUACCAGACAUGAAACCGGACGUCAAGAACGAGGAGGAUUGUAUCCGGUAUCGGGAAGAAGGUAAUCAGCAUUUCGUUGCGGGUGACGAUAUCGAGGCGAUUACGAGUUACACGAUGAGUCUAGCCUACGCGGAUACGAACGAGUUAAUGGCUCACGCCUUGGCAAAUCGGUCGGCAGCUUUAUACAGGAAGCAAAUGUUCAAAGAAUGUUUUAUGGACGUCGACGCGGCCCUGGAUUUGGGGUAUCCGAAGGAAAAGCGUGAAAAAUUGAAAGCACGAGGAGUCAAAGCCGUCGAGGAGUUGAAGAAAUUAUUGAAGGAGACCGAGGCUAAGGAAAAAAACGGAGAAAAUGCGAAUAAGGAUUUGCCUUCAGAAGGGAAAGAAAAAUCUCUCGACAGCAUGGAAAGCUCACUGGAGAAAGAAAAAUUUCUUAUUAUUUCAAAACUUGAUAACAAUGGGGAAGAAAGUUCUGAGAUAAAAUUUACACCGAAAGUUGAAGAGGAUAAACUCACGAGUAAUUUGGAUUUGAAAGAUUCGAGCGCUAGUAAACCACCGAAACCACGUCAUCUGCUUGAUCCUGAUGUAAUGUCGUUAAAAUACGGUUCCAGCGAAGAAGCACCAGCUAACAGUGCUGGCGUUCGUAUAUCUUAUAACGCCGAAUAUGGCAGACAUUUGGUUGCAACACGUGAAUUCAAGCCUGGUGAUUUGAUCACGAUUGAGGCACCUUAUUCCUGGGUUUUGUAUCAAGACAAAUUCUACACCCACUGCCAUUAUUGCCUAGAAAGAUGUUACAACCUGAUGCCAUGUUCGAACUGUCCGUUGAUCCAGUAUUGUUCCGAGAAAUGUAGGAAAAUCAGUUGGGAAAAGUCCCACUGUAUGGAGUGUCCAGUUCUGGCGGUGCUCUUCAAUCUGCUCGAUGUCGACGAAGAAAAAAUUCGAACGUUAAUGAUGAUGAAAAUCAUGAGACUCGUAUUGACAGUGACGGAAAAUGGCAAAAAAAUAAGUGAGCUUCGUAAAGACAUGGAAAAAGCAGAAUGCAAUCCGGAUCCCAGAACUGCCGGGUUCACGGACGAGGGUAUUCUCGAUAGUAAAAGUGCAAGAUCAGCAUUGAGCUUAGCAACAAAUAUGACCACGAGACCAUUGGUUGGGGUUUGUGCAUUUGCCUGCAUAUCUGCUCUAACAGCCGUUCUUUUGGCUACUCAGACCGAAUUUUUUGGAAAAAAAUAUGAUGCUUCUGAUUUCAACACUAUUGAUGAGCUACGCGAUUUAUGGUUCUGCGGUAGCAUUAUGUUUCGUGCUUGCGUUUUGGUAUCUUCAAAUUGCUUCUCGAUGCAACUGGAUCCGGGUGUGAAGGCUGGUUCGGGGCUGUUCAUAGUGCACAGUUUGUACAUAUUUUAUUCAUUUUUUUUCUUGAUUUUCCUUUAUUUAUUAAAAUAUACAGUGCUCUACGGUAGAUUCCAUGGUUCGAUUAAUGAAUUGAAGAAUCUGGAAGAUACUUGUGACGAGUUGGAAUUGUUGGACGAUGAUGCUGUAAUUCCCUACCACAUAGGAGACGUUUUCAUAAAUCAAGGUCUACCCAAAACACAGGAAUGUCUUGAAAAAGCUAAGAAGAAGAAAAACGAAGAAAUUUUGGAACUGGAGGAGAAGUGUUCGUUUCUAAAAGGCAUAAUGAGCGACUUGAAAACCCAGUUGUACGCUAAAUUUGAAUUCGAAAACACCUUUGACCAUCUUAUUUUCGAGUGCAGGAAAAAUCAUACUGAAAUUAUGGACGUCGCUAAGGAAGUUAUCAUGUCUAUGAAGCAAACGAAGAAAUCCCACGUUGGAUAUGGCUUACAAAAAGAGAGUGAGGCACUUGUGAAACAUAUUCUCCUCAAUAUGGUCAAAUCGUCGUUACCAGACAUGAAACCGGACGUCAAGAACGAGGAGGAUUGUAUCCGGUAUCGGGAAGAAGGUAAUCAGCAUUUCGUUGCGGGUGACGAUAUCGAGGCGAUUACGAGUUACACGAUGAGUCUAGCCUACGCGGAUACGAACGAGUUAAUGGCUCACGCCUUGGCAAAUCGGUCGGCAGCUUUAUACAGGAAGCAAAUGUUCAAAGAAUGUUUUAUGGACGUCGACGCGGCCCUGGAUUUGGGGUAUCCGAAGGAAAAGCGUGAAAAAUUGAAAGCACGAGGAGUCAAAGCCGUCGAGGAGUUGAAGAAAUUAUUGAAGGAGACCGAGGCUAAGGAAAAAAACGGAGAAAAUGCGAAUAAGGAUUUGCCUUCAGAAGGGAAAGAAAAAUCUCUCGACAGCAUGGAAAGCUCACUGGAGAAAGAAAAAUGUCUUAUUAUUUCAAAACUUGAUAACAAUGGGGAAGAAAGUUCUGAGAUAACAUUUACACCGAAAGUUGAAGAGGAUAAACUCACGAGUAAUUUGGAUUUGAAAGAUUCGAGCGCUAGUAAACCACCGAAACCACGUCAUCUGCUUGAUCCUGAUGUAAUGUCGUUAAAAUACGGUUCUAGCGAAGAAGCACCAGCUAACAGUGCUGGCGUUCGUAUAUCUUAUAACGCCGAAUAUGGCAGACAUUUGGUUGCAACACGUGAAUUCAAGCCUGGUGAUUUGAUCACGAUUGAGGCACCUUAUUCCUGGGUUUUGUAUCAAGACAAAUUCUACACCCACUGCCAUUAUUGCCUAGAAAGAUGUUACAACCUGAUGCCAUGUUCGAACUGUCCGUUGAUCCAGUAUUGUUCCGAGAAAUGUAGGAAAAUCAGUUGGGAAAAGUCCCACUGUAUGGAGUGUCCAGUUCUGGCGGUGCUCUUCAAUCUGCUCGAUGUCGACGAAGAAAAAAUUCGAACGUUAAUGAUGAUGAAAAUCAUGAGACUCGUAUUGACAGUGACGGAAAAUGGCAAAAAAAUAAGUGAGCUUCGUAAAGACAUGGAAAAAGCAGAAUGCAAUCCGGAUCCCAGAACUGCCGGGUUCACGGACGAGGGUAUUCUCGAUAGUAAAAGUGCAAGAUCAGCAUUGAGCUUAGCAACGAAUAUGACCACGAGACCAUUGGUUGGGGUUUGUGCAUUUGCCUGCAUAUCUGCUCUAACAGCCGUUCUUUUGGCUACUCAGACCGAAUUUUUUGGAAAAAAAUAUGAUGCUUCUGAUUUCAACACUAUUGAUGAGCUACGCGAUUUAUGGUUCUGCGGUAGCAUUAUGUUUCGUGCUUGCGUUUUGGUAUCUUCAAAUUGCUUCUCGAUGCAACUGGAUCCGGGUGUGAAGGCUGGUUCGGGGCUGUUCAUAGUGCACAGUUUGUACAAUCAUUCGUGUGCGCCUAAUACGUUCAGGCACUUCGACGGUCUGACGAUGUUGACACGUGCCCAGCAGCCGAUUUAUCCGGGUGAUCAAAUAUUCACGGGCUACGGAGCAGAUCACGCUUACAUGACGUUAGCCGAACGCAAAGCGAAGCUCAAAGAGCAAUAUUUUUUCGAUUGUCAAUGUCCAGCUUGUGUCAACGAUUGGCCCACGUACUCCGAUAUCUUGAAAAACCACAUUGGUUCGAUUGCCAAGAACAAGGAUAUCGUGGAGAAACUGAAACCCUACAAAGAAAGAUUAUUGGCGAAUAAGUACGACGUUGAUGCGGUAAAGAGGGUGUUGGAGAUAUUACACAGCGAGGUGAAAAAACCUUGCGAAGAAAUACUUCACGCGGUCCAAUACCUCAAGAGUUACUAUCUCGGUAAAAUGUUCAAAUAGUAUAUUUUUACGCUUACCUGCUGCUUAUGUUUGUUUUAGUUAAUGAGCUUCAAUCAUUUACAGCGUUUGUUGUUUUUUACACCCGCUCGUUUGGCUUUGUUCGCUAUGUAAAAAAUUAAGUGAUUACACGCUUCUUCUUCGCUAUUUCGCUCAACCUCUUAUUAAUUAAUUUCUAUGACGAAAACGGAGAUGCUUC